GAGUGUCUAUCUUAAGUUUGUGAGUGACACAAGUGUUGUGUGUUAGUCUUUUAAGGCUUGGCGGAUGGUUGUAGCAUCUAGGAAGUCUGGCUCUGACAUCAUCCACCACACAAACACACAAGGAUGUGGUAAUCAGCCAGCCAGCCUUUUGCAUACGUCCGAGAGGCAAUGUUUAAUCAGAGCAGUCAGACAGGCUAGAAAUAUUCUUGGAAAUAGAAGUAAUGGAACUUUGCCUUAGCAAACGUUCUUGGAGCCUCACGGUGUGCAUGUGUUUGUGCUAGCGUGGGAAGAGCUGGGAAAGUUGAGAAUGAUCGCAAAAUUAUUUCACCUGUCUGUUCUGUACGGCUUCUUCUCCACCACGGCCUUGAAGGGAUGCUAAAAGAGGCUUGAACUGCUUUUGCCUUGGACUCCAGACCUGAUCUCUUGGUUUCUCAGCUGGGCUCAGGUUAUUGUUCUACAGCAGCUUGUUGAAUCAGGGUAAGAGUGCCAGCUCCAGCUCCCUGCGCUGUCUUACGACCAUUAGCCAGGAAACUUCCCUCCAUUCGCAGCCCCUUCUUUUCCUGAGUUUGGGUCACCCCAUGGGCGCCAUAUCAGUGACUGCCAAAGGACCUCCAUCUCAGCCAGCGUCUCACCCCUAACCCUUACCCCCUUCUUCGCCAUGGAGAUGAACCAGCUGGUGACGAUGAACCGGGAGGAUCGGGACAGCAAGGAAAAAGCUGAGGAGUCACAGGAGAAUGGCCGGUUGGUGGCUGAGAAAAGCCAAAAAGUGAACCCAGGGACAGGGCAGGUGUCUAAUGGUUACCCCAGCACGUCCCCUCAGAGUCCCAGGGAGGGCACCGGGGCUGUGGGAGACAGACCUGGUGGCCCUGGGGGCUUCCGGACACUGGUGGUCCAGCAGACCAGCCUGGACCCACCCCGCGAGACCUGGAGCAAGAAAAUGGACUUCCUCCUGUCAGUCAUCGGUUACGCCGUAGACCUAGGCAACGUGUGGCGCUUUCCAUACAUCUGCUACCAGAAUGGAGGAGGGGCCUUCCUGCUUCCCUACCUGUUGAUGGCUGUGUUUGGGGGGGUGCCACUCUUCUACAUGGAAUUGGCACUGGGCCAGUUCCACCGCAGUGGCUGCAUCUCCAUCUGGAAGCACAUCUGCCCCAUCUUCAAGGGCAUAGGCUUUGCCAUCUGCAUUAUUGCACUGUACAUCGCCUUCUACUACAACACCAUCAUGGCCUGGGCUCUUUACUACCUCCUGUCCUCCUUCCGCUCCACACUGCCCUGGACCACUUGCACCAAUGCCUGGAACACGGCCAACUGUACCCACUACCUGUCCACCGACUUGAACGUCUCCUGGACCAACACCUCCAUUUCACCUGCCGAGGAGUUCUAUACACGGCAGGUGUUGCAGGUGCAUCUUUCCCCAGGCCUUCAUCAGCUGGGUGCGGUGAGCUGGCAGCUGGCCCUCUGUCUGCUCUUCAUCUUUACUGUUGUCUACUUCAGCAUCUGGAAGGGGGUUAAGACCUCUGGCAAGGUAGUGUGGGUGACAGCAACUUUCCCAUACCUGGUAUUGCUGAUCCUGCUGGUGCGAGGUGCCACCCUACCCGGGGCAUGGAGAGGGGUGGUCUUCUAUUUGCAGCCUGACUGGGAGAAGCUCCUGAGCACCACGGUUUGGAUUGAUGCAGCAGCCCAGAUCUUCUUCUCUCUAGGCCCAGGCUUUGGUGUGCUCCUGGCCUUUGCCAGCUACAAUCCUUUUCACAACAACUGCUAUAAAGAUGCCUUGGUGACGAGCUCCGUGAACUGUCUGACCAGCUUCGUCUCAGGCUUUGUGAUCUUCACUGUGCUGGGCUACAUGGCUGAGAUGCGGCAGCAGGGAGUGGAAACAGUAGCUAAGGAUGCUGGCCCCAGCCUACUGUUCAUCAUCUAUGCUGAGGCCAUUGCUAACAUGCCUGCUGCGACCUUCUUCGCUAUCAUCUUCUUCCUCAUGAUCAUCAUGCUGGGAUUGGACAGCACGUUUGCUGGGCUGGAAGGAGUGAUCACUGCCAUGUUAGACGAGUUCCCCCAUCUGCUGGCCCGGAGGAGGGAGUGGUUUGUGCUGGGUCUGGUGUGUGUCUGCUACCUGGGAGCUUUGUCCACACUCACCUAUGGAGGGGCAUUUGUGGUGAAGCUGUUUGAGGAGUACGCAACGGGCCCUGCCGUCAUCACUGUAGUCUUCCUGGAGGUCAUUGCUGUCUCCUGGUUUUAUGGGACAAAGCGUUUCUGCAAUGAUGUGCAGUUGAUGCUCGGCUUCUCCCCCGGCCUGUUCUGGAGGGUGUGCUGGGUGGCUAUCUGCCCCUGCUUCCUUCUGUUCAUCAUUGGCAGUUUCCUGGCCUUCCCUCCUGAGGUGAGGCUGUUCGACUAUGUGUACCCGUUCUGGACCACUGUUCUGGGCUAUUGCAUUGGGGUCUCCUCUUUCAUCUGUGUGCCUUCCUACAUGGUCUACCACCUGCUCACCACCAAAGGGACCUUCAAACAGCGCCUGUUGAAGAGCAUCACACCUGAGCCGGCGGGUAGUGGAGGCCCACACAGGGACAUCAUCAUCACUAACGCCGUGUGACCGAUGUUGGGGACCCCUCACCCUCUGCUGGACAUGUAGCACAACCACAGAAGUGGAGACACUCCCUCCCCCCUCCACUCACAUCCCUCUUCACCUGCCAAAGGAGUCUCCACUUGUACUGCGGCUGGGCUGGGCCUUCGCUUAGAAUGACCCAGCAGCUUUAUUUCUGACCAAUCCUAAAUGUGGCAGUGUUCGUUGUUCAUGUGAGUUGGUAGCAGAAAAUGUCCUGAUUGUUUUUUGUCACCAUUUAGGUCCAUAAUAAGGCAUAGUUACGUUUGUGACACUAUUUAACAUCGAUUACUCUCGAGUAGUAAAAGAAAAACAUGUAUAGCACAGUAUUUCACUUUGCAUUUUCAAAUCGCUAAUUAUCCAAGAAUAUGUAGGAUUCACAAAAAUUAACAUUUCAGUUGAAUAUUCAUUUGACGUUUCAGGUAGCUAUUACCUUUAGAAAUGUUUAUGAAGCCAAAAAUUGCUUAAUAUCACAUUUAUUGCUGUUACAGGAAUAUCUAAAUGCAACCUCGGAGCUGCAUAUGGUUUGAGUUUAGAACACCUCAGAGAGAGAGAGAGAGAGAGGGAGGGAGAGAGGGAGAGCAUUUUUAAGCAUAAGCUUAAAAGAAUAGUUACAGUGCCUGAUGUGGUUCGAUUUAUUGCACAGGUGAGAGUGAGUUUGUGUGUAAGUUUGUGUGCAUGUAUCUGUGUACCAGGCACCUCUGUGGAAUGGUAAUUGUGGGUCAUUGUGGGGAGUGUCAGUGCUGCGCUUCUGGAACGUACAGCUCACUCCAAUCAGAUCUAACUGAGAUGGCGAGGUACAAUGUAACGUUACUGCUCAACGUUCUAUAUAUUUACAUCACACUUAUUUCUGACCUUUUGUGAAGUUACAUUUAUGUAAUGCAUUGUCUCAGUUAUGAAACUAAACAUCAGUUUCUCAGCCUCCCUGCUGUCACCUGUAGGCUUUGUUUUUCAUAUUAUAUGUGAAUAACACAGUCGCAGAAGCCAAAUACUAGUGUGCUUGUUCCAAAUGGUCCAACUUUCUUCAUUUGUUUUAGUUGUUCAUGGAAAAAAAACAACUAGCUCUGACUGAACGUACACGUAUGUACAUAUCUGUUUUGUGAGUCUGUUCGUGCGUUCCUGUCCUGUGACAACCUGUCAACUUCUCUGAGUGGGCGUAUAUGGGAGUGUGAGUGUCUGUCGGUUUUCUGAAGUGCGUGCGAGUGAGCCUGAGCUGUACAUGGAAGUAGAGAAGCCAAAAGCCAUGGUCAGUCCUGUCAGUGUGUGUGUGUGUGUGUGUGUGUGUGUGUGUGUGUGUGUGCGCAUGCAGAUAUGAAUGUAUACUGUGAUGUGGUGUGUGCCUCAGACUAGUCCUCUCUUCAGAAUUCACGCUCUAUCAAAUUAACAAAGGUCUCCUAUGUACUUUAUAAAGCCUAUCUAUGAUCUAUGUAUGUUGAUGAGACUGUUAUAAGAAACCAUAUAGAAUAAAGAUAUAUAUGAAUUAUUAGAAAAAUAAAAUAAAAGUAUAUGUAUUAAUAA